CCUGACAAUUGCAGCCAACAAUGAUUGACAGGACGUGUUACGUGAGGCCAACAAAAGUGGCGGACAAGUAGAUAGACGGGAUCAUAUAACCCCUCACCAACCAAAGCACACAUCACCAGUGCACUUAUACAUACCAACAAGGAAGAAAAAAUUGAGACUACAACAUGUCAAAAGAAGAAGCUGAAAAGAAACUAUUCUUGGCAAGUUCAAGAGGGGAUGUACAGAGGGUGACUCGGUUACUCCAGCAGGGAGUUGAUGUCAACUUCAAUACUUUUGGAGACUCUUCACUUCACCAGGCAGCUUCAGGAGGACAUGUUGGUGUUGCUGAACUCCUGAUUAAGGCUAGAGCACAGGUCGACAGUAAAGAUGAGUACGGAAACUCUCCACUUCACAAGGCCGCUUCAUUUGGACAUGUUGGUGUUGCUAAACUCCUGAUUAAGGCUGGAUCACGGGUGGACAUCAGGAAUAAGAAAGGACGAACUCCACUUUACUGGGCAGCUUUAAUGGGACAUGUUGGUGUUGCUGAACUCCUGAUUAAGGCUGGAGCACAGGUUGACAGUAAAGAUGAGAAAGGAGAAACUCCACUUCACGGAGCAGCUUCAUUGGGACAAACUGGUGUUGCUGAACUCCUGAUUACGACUGGAGCACGGGUGGACAGCAGGAAUAAGGAUUGUGAGACUCCAAAAGACAUAGCAGCUAGCAAAGAUGUUUCACGUUACCGUACUCGUAAGGACAGAGGUCGUAUUUUUGAGGGAAGGGAGAAGAUUCUUCAGCUUUUUAAAACCAUAAAGGUGAUCGGGCUUGUACGGUCUGUGGUGGGUCCAGAAGGAGUUAAGCUAAAAACCGCAUCCUGCACCGUCAGUGUACCACGUGACGCCGUCUCCAUGAAAACAGAAAUCACGUGCCAGGUGUUGAACCCCAAUGACGUCAUUCUGCCCCUGGGGGACGGAGAAAUGUUAGUGAGUGACAUCAUAGAGUUGGGUCCACACAGGAUAGCUUUCAACCAACCUGCAACUGUAGAGAUGCAGUACAGUGGCACGUCGGCAGGUGAAGCGAGGGAAGCUGUUGUAUGGGUCACAAAGAAUAACGGGCAAUGGAGGCAGCUUGAUUCUAUUCAAAAGAGCAAUGCCACUGUAGCAGUGUCAGUGGACAGCUUUGGCACCUUUGCUGUCGUCAGUCAGCUCAAACAGGACCGGUUUUCAGUGCCCAUAGAGGGACACACUGUGACGUCAUCAACACAACCUGCUGUACAGAUCACCUUUCCGAAACAGUCUGUUGACAUACCGACAGAAAUCGAACUUCAGGUGCAAGAUGUUCCGGGGAAAGCAAUUGAGGACAUGAAGGCAGUACAUCACUCCACCAGGGGACUUAUUGGCACCGGUCCGGUAGUUCAGGUGAAAGCAACGGGGCAUUUAACGACUCAGUUCAAGCAACCAGUCACCGUGCAAGUUCCACAUCCAAAAAACUACAUGAACAUCCAACAUGACGGUCCGACAAAACUCAGGGUCCAGAGUGAAGACGAGCUUGACAACUGGGUAGAUGUGACAGAGACAGCCAACAUCAGGGUUACACAACGGCUUGUUGAGUUUGACGUUUAUCGUUGUUCAAGGUGGAUCGUGAUACUUGUUGAAGACGAUUACGGUCUCCCGGAAGAAAUCGGACCUAUUCCGUUACAACUCUGUAAAUGGCUACAGCAGCGUGAUGUUCAAUUCAUCGUCAUGCAGUCCGAGAUGAACCCAAACGCGCUCCUGGUUGAAUGCACCAAAGCCAGUGAAGCAGAAGAUAGACGUGUUCGACUGUUGAAACAGGAUUACACAGGACCGCAACCGAGUGACAUAGUUAGGCUAUUUGAGGGCCAAAAGGUACAAGUCACUUUGGAAGGCAACUUGUCCUUUGCACCAUUUAAAAGUGCCAGCAUCGCUGACCAACACAUAACCUUUCACAGUCAGAGGCUCAAUCGUCUCCAAGUACUGGUCAAAUCUGAAAAUGGCCAGCACGGAUUGGAAGGGAAAGGUUACGUUGUGUUCUAUGAGUUACCGUGUGUUGUGGUCGAGGAAAGUAAGAGAAGUGAAAUGCCAGAAGCUUUCCAGUCCAGAAAACCUGACGGAGAUGUGCAACCACCACAACAACUGUGCCAGCUUCCAAUCCGUGUACCCUACACACAGCCUCAGAUAGCACAACAGUGUUCAGAACAAGUGAGAGUCCGCACGGCAACUGAAGCUGAGCCACCAACCCCGUGGAACCCGUGUGCGUGGAUGUCCAUUUGCUGUCACAUCUGCAAGACCGGGACCAUGGCAGCACCCUACCAGGCGUUGGAGAAUAAUCCGCGUGGCUUCUCUCCACCACAACUACACAUCUAG